UGCGACGGCUGCGAUGCCAUGAUUACUUCACCGCUCGCGAAUACGCCUCUAAAAACAAACGCUCGCUGUGUCGAUAGUUUGCGUGAAUAUGCUGUUAACUUUGACUCGACCACUGGUUGCCGAUUGAGCACUGGUCGCUCAUUUUCGCCUAUCAUAUUCGAUAGUUACUGAUCAACAGACGAACCAACAUUGCCACUAAAGUGAUACGUUUUGACAGUAGCAUACAUUUCUGAUAAAAAUAAAAUAGUAUUCGAUCGGGAAGCGAAAGUGUCUGCCGUUUGCGUAUGUUGUGACGAUCAAGUCCAACAAGUGUGCCGUUCUUGAGAACUAUCCAGUCAUUGAAAUCUAGUCUAGUAACACUUAUCAUCCCCAUUCGACGAGGCUCCCCACCCAGCAUGGCAGACUACUCGCAAACGGCAACCGUGACCCAGACGACUACAGUCACCCAACCGUACAUACGCUAUGACCCAGCAUACAUAAGAACCAUUCCCGGAAUCAUCAAGAUCGUGUGCAUCGUUCUGAACCUGAUUGGGUUCAUAUGCAUCGAGGUUUCGUACUUCAGCUACCACUCGCGGGGUUCCUUCUUCAACACUGUCGCCAUGAUGGGGUUCUGGUUCACGGGCAUAAUGCUAGUCUUCUAUCUAUUUCAUGUGUGCGAAAGAUUCCACAAGAUACCGUGGUUAAAAAUAGAAAUGUACUUCUGUGCGGCGUGGGCCUUGCUCUACAUGCUGGCCUCAUCGCUGGCCGCCGCGACCAACGUUGAGGCGUUUCAGGCAGCUGCGUUUUUCGGCUACUGUGCCAUGAUCGCGUACGGAUACGACGCAUUUCUGAAGUACAAAGCCGUCAGCAACGGUGAAAUCGCUCAGGGGGAUCGGUCCGUCCAGGUCCAACAACAGCAACAGACCAUUUCAACUGUAACGACCUACUAGAUUUACUUUAUCAGCUAAGUUAACCGAUAACGAUUUGUCGCCUUCAAUUGUAAUGCCAAUCAAAAACUCACGUUAAUUAGUUGAUAGAUGUAAAUUAUUUUGUUUAGCAUUCAAAUGUACAACUUUACUACCAUUCGAAUUGUUUGGAUUGGCGUAACACUUAGUAACUUUUGAAUCUCUUGUUGGCAUCACGUGAAGAUUUCCGCUUCUAAUUGUUAGUAUUACUUAUUGAAACAUCAGAUAACGUCCUUCGUUUGUUUUAGAGCAGCUUUACAAUUUUUCUACACUUGGUUUUGAAAUCUACGCACUUAGUCUAAAAUCAUCAUGAGAAAUCUCAGUAAAGUAAUGUUGAAGCCUACCAACAUCAUAAAAUAUCGAACUAAAGUAAAGUGAUGUUGAACCAAUGAAAACAAUUCCACCGUACAAUGCGCCUUAAAUGCGGUCUUGAUGUGCUCUAGUAUAACAAUUUUCACAGGAACCAAAUAUGCCAUCCUGUAUUGAUCGAACAUAACUGAUAUUCACUGGUUGCGAUAGAAGAAACAUAUACAAAGAUGAGUAAACUCCCUUCGCAUUUAUACAUGUCAAUUCACAAGAAUUGCGACGACGAAAUCAAAAUUUUUCCUAGAAGAAACUUUAAAAAAGUACAUUUAACGCAUUCGAUUUUCAUCAUGCACCAACGAAUAUAGGCAUUUUUCAUUUCACACUAGCUUGGCAAUUUUACUUUUAACAAAGACACGAUGUUGAUACCAAUUGCAAGGUUAUCCCCUUGUAGUUUAAUGAAUAAAAUAACGUACGACUGGCAAAUUUGAUGCAAUUAGUAAAAUUUCGACCAAUCACAGAGUACUAUCUCCCACACUCCCGAUUUUACUUAUUCGAGAGGAAAAUUACUUCUACUGUAGAAACAAAAAAUGCAACUUUAGUAGUAAUUCGGCAUUUCACAUGUUUUUUUUGUGUUAUACUCCUACCAAUGGCAAUCACCGUAGAAAAGAAUUAUUCGUACAAGAAAGCGUUUACAAAUGCUUCGAAAUUUGUAAUAAUAUGUUAUUCAUUCUAAAUCUUUUAUUUAGUCGUAUAUUGGUGGACAGGUUUGCAGAACUAGAUCCAAGUAAUUUAUCUCAAAAUAACAUUCUGUCUAUUCAGAAUCCUAACAACGUUUCCAUCAUUUUUGUUAUAACGAACUGUUGGUCAGGUGAAUUCCUAGUGGAAUCAAAGUUUAGCAGAUUCAAAUGUAGUUCAGUAUUUACACUGCUGUUAUUAAUGUAUUUUUGUAUGCACGGGAAGAGUGCUUUUACAAAAGAGUUUCAUAUUAAAUAUUGUGUCUAAAGCAAUCAGUGGUAAUCAGAAUAUUUUCACAUUCUCUAACACCUUCAACAUUUAUAUACAAUGCAAUAGAAUAAGAGAGAGUCAAAUAAAUUAUUGAAACCAAA